GACAAAUCUAAUUUCCAAACAUUUCACUGCCGUGCUCUGUCGAAUAUAUCGUUAACUUAUCACAGAGACAGCAGAUACGAACCCUCCAUAAAUUCUCUACCGGUGGCUUUUCUGGUCCUUCUGGAUCGCCGUCCGCCGAUACCGCCAAGCUGGUUCCCACCAGGUCGACGUGGAGAACUCCCUAUUGACAUCCUGAUCUCUCACGACUCUAGAGAGACGCUAUUUCACUGCUCAAAAAGACGCCCGACCUCCCCUUCACCAUUGUGUAAGCCGCGAUGUGCGACUUUUCUGCCUAUGGGGGGAUAGACGACGAGUGGCUUGCUUUGGAAGCAAGUUUACCGGCAUCCACGGGAGAAGAGCUGUCGCUAUCUGAACUGCGCAAGAUAACGAAUCAAGAGCGAGAGGCUCAAUCAGCUGCAACAAUGAAGCACUUGGCGCAUCGGGUAUAUACCCAUGACUAUCUUAUCCCAACCCGAGAUGGAAGCUUUAUCGAAGCUCGCAGUUAUCGACCUGUCACCAUCCUCAACGAAACACCUCUCCCUGUGUACAUCCACUUCCAAGGUGGCGGCUUUUUGAUCGGCACCUUGGACGGGGAAGAUAGUAUCUGCGCCCGAGUCGCCUCCAGUUCCCAGGUUGCCGUUCUCAACGUGAACUACCGACACACUCCGGAGUUCACGUAUCCCACCCAGUGGAAUGACGCUGAAGAUGCAUUUGAGUGGGCACACGACAACAUGGAAAAGUUUGGCGGCGAUCCCAGGAAGGUCAUAGUCGGUGGGAUAUCCGCAGGAGGCUGGCUUUCUGCGUCGCUGACUCUUCAGAGACAUAUCGCCAGGGAGACUGAUGCCCGGCCUCCAAUCGCAGGCCAGGUCCUCAUGAUUCCCUGCCUCGCCUACCCCGAUUGCUACGAGCCCCAACUCCAGAAGAUGAAGCACCAUUCUGUAUCUUCCUACAAGCUGAACGAAAAGGCGCCGUUACUGUCUGUUACAGAGCUUCGCUUCUUCUCCGAUUUGCUCAAGGUUGAGAACCCCGAUGUCAAAGACACCAAGUUGAAUCCUGGCAAUGCCUCGCCAGAUCAAGUCAAGGGAAUGCCACCGACAGUUCUCGGGAUCGUGGGGCUGGACCCUUUGAGAGACGAAGCCCUUCUUUACGCCAAGAUGUUGACCGAGGCUGGGGUUCCCACAGACGUCAACUUGUUUAUGGGUCUUCCGCACGGAUUCCGAUGGUAUGACGAGAAGAUAUCUGCGUCCAGGCGAUGGGACAAGGUCGUGGAAGAUGGCAUCCUCUGGGCUCUCACAGAACCGCUGCCGAGUAACGAAUUUCACAUAAAGACAUAGAGAAAACUGGACGACACUUUAGAUUUGAUUUGACUGAAGAGAUGCGUUAUGAUAAAAUCUCGUCAUGCGACAUGGUGCUGUGGCUAGGCAUCUGGAAUGCUCCCUGGGGAUCAUGACUAAGACUAUCCAUAAUUCAAAGAGUAACAAGCUCAAAUUGAUACGAAUUUCCGUG